AUGCAGCCAUAUGAAUAUAAUAGGGGGGUAAAUAAGUACAAUAGCAAUAACAACAACAAUAGUAAUAAUACAGGGAAUUAUAGUAAUAAUCAGAGCAAUGUAAACAAGCCAAUAAAUAACCCAUUUUUUUAUAAUAAUAACAGUGGUAAUAAUGCGGACACAGCAAAUAGUAGUAACAACAAUAUAAAGGGGAAUGAAGGUACUUAUCCACCAUACUAUCAUCCUCCACAGCAAAUGCAACCCAGAAUUUAUGGAGAAAAUAAAGAUUAUAUGAAUACUAGUAAUUUAAAUGAUAAUAUUUAUGGUGGUGGAAACAAUCCAAAUGCAUAUUUAAAUAAUCAGGCACAGUAUAGAGGUGUAGCAAAUCAAUUUAUCCCAAUACUGAAUAAUAAUAACACAUUAAAACCUGGGGAUAAUGUUUUAGGUUAUGAUACUACGGGUGGUGUACGUAUAAAUAGUGUACAACCAAUUAUCAACGAUUCGUAUCAAGAAUUUUUUCAAUUUAAUGCCUUUUCUCAUUUUGUAAAAAGUUCGGUAAGCUAUAUGCCUGCGAAUACAACAUUAAAACAGAAAGCAUAUGUGCCACUAGGUUUUGUAAUACAACCAUUAGCUCCAAUUCCAGAUGGAUAUCCAGAGUUAUCUUCAGUAAAUUUUGGAAACUCAACUGUUGUUAGAUGUAAAAAAUGUAGAACCUAUAUCAACCCUUUUGUAAGAUUUGAAGCAGGAGGAAAGAAAUGGAAUUGUAAUAUGUGUUAUCAUGUGAAUGAUACGCCACAAUUUUAUUUUACUCCAUUGGAUGAGAAAGGAAAAAGAAAAGAUUUAUUUCAGAGGCCUGAAUUAUGUACAGGUAGUGUAGAAUUUAUUGCACCAAGUGAUUACAUGGUAAGACCCCCUCAGCCCCCAGUAUAUUUAUUCCUAAUCGACGUAACGGUAACUUCUGUGAAUUCAGGUUUGUUAGAUGUAGUAUGCAGUACCAUCAAAAAAUUAUUACCAAAAAAUAAUAGUGCCAAUAAUGAUAGCAACAAUAACGAUAGUAAUAAUAAGAAGACUUUCGAUUCUCGAACUCUUAUUGGAAUUAUGACAUUUGAUUCAACUGUACAUUUUUAUAAUUUAAAUUCAAAUUUAAAACAAACACAGAUGAUGAUAGUGCCAGAUAUACAAGACAUUUUCAUUCCAUUACCAGAAGAUAUUUUAGUGAAUGUGCAUGAGUGUCAAAAUGUAAUUGAUACUUUACUAGACAAUUUACCUACCAUGUGGAGGAAUAACAAAAUAAGUGAUUGCUGUGCAGGUAAUGCAUUAAAGGCAGCAGUUAUGGUUUUAAAAAAAGUUGGAGGAAAAAUUUUAUUCUUCUUAUCAUCACCACCAAAUAUAGGUGAUUUAACAGUUAGUGUUAAUAGAGAAACGAAAGAAAAAGGAAGUAGUUAUAAAAGUAUUUACAGUUCCAGUAGCUCAAGUAAUAAUGUGGUCGAUCCGAAGGUAAGAGAAAUAGAAAUAUUAACUCCUUUUAAUAAUUCAUAUACAGAAUUAGCACAAAAUAUUACUCAAUUUCAAAUAGCAGUAGACUUAUUUGCGUGUCCAUUAUAUAGCUUAGAUUUAGCAACCAUAUAUCCAUUAAUUAAAAAUUCUGGAGGUUCCUUAUAUUAUUAUCCGCAAUUUAAUGUACAUCAGUUUAGUGAUAAAUUGAGAGAAGAAUUAUUAUUUGCAUUAACAACAGAGACUGCAUGGGAAUCAGUAAUGAGAAUAAGAAUAAGUAGAGGAUGGAAAAUUAUCAAUUGGUAUGGAAAUUUCCAAUUCAGAGGUGUAGACUUAUUAGCCUUACCAAAUUGUCACUCGAGUCAAAAUUUUAGUAUAAUUGUAGAUUUAGAAGAAAAUGUUGUUCAGGAUUCUGUUGUUUAUGUGCAAUCAGCUCUUUUAUAUACAAAUUCGAAUGGAGAAAGGAGAAUAAGAUUACAUACAUAUGCCCUACCGGUUACACAGAAUAUUAAAACUAUUACCGAUUCUAUUAACCCACAGGUUGUUGUCUCUUUACUUUCUCAUCAAGCUAUAGAUGCUUGUAAAAAAGGAAAAAUUGCAGAUGGAAGAAAUUUAAUUCAGACACUUUGUUCACAAGUCUUAUCAUCUCAAUUACUCCCAUCAGAAACAGCUAGGUUAUUAUCCAUAUACAUUUUGGGAAUGCUUAAAUCAAUUGCUUUUAGGGAUAGUGGAGAUGUACCAUCUGAUCUUCGAAUUUAUCACUGGUACAGAGUUCAAAACAUUCCAGUGAAUUCGGUGGAGGCAUAUUUUUACCCGAGAAUGUUCUGUUUGCAUAAUUUGGAAAAGCAUCACGGAAAUUAUGAUGAAAAUAACGCAAUUAUAUUUCCUGAUACCAUGAGUUUAACCUGUGAAAAUAUGACUCAAGAUGGUUGUUACAUAGUUGAAGAUGGAGAGAAUAUUAUUAUGUGGAUCGGACGAAACAUAAAUCCGCAAUGGGUGUACGCAAUCUUCGGAGUUCAUUCACUAGAACAAUUAAACACGGAAUAUGCAGAAAAUCAUAUAGGAACAAGUGGAAAUCCAAGUGGUGUGCAAAUUUUGAACAUAAUUAAUUCCUUGAGAAAAAUUAGAACUCCGUCAUAUAUGAGACUAUUAGUCGUAAAACAAGGGGAUCCCAUGGAAUACAAGUUUUUCUCGUACCUGAUUGAGGAUAGGUCUCAACAUAUGAUGAUGUCCUUAAAAGAAUUUUUAGCCAAAAUUUGCCCCAAAUAUCCGCAGUUUGUCCCGUCUUUGAAUAAUCCCCACGCAGCAACGAUGGGUCGUUAA